AUGACUGUCCUCAAGGAGCCCAUUGCCAUUGUUGGCAGCGCCUGCCGGUUUCCCGGAGGUUGUAAUACCCCGUCCAAGCUCUGGGAGAUGUUGAAAGAAAAGCGAGACGUCCUGCAGAAGAUUCCCAAAGAACGCUAUAACCCCGAUGUGUUCUACCAUCCCGAGCCGACGCACCAUGGCACUUCCAAUGCCCGAUAUUCAUACCUGCUGGACCAAGACCCAGGCGAGUUUGACGCCAACUUUUUUAAUAUUCCUCCAAAGGAAGCCGAAUGCAUUGAUCCGCAACAGAGGCUCCUCAUGGAGACGGUCUACGAUGGCAUAUCUGCUGCCGGCCUACCCAUGGAGAAGCUCCGCGGGUCCGACACGGCCGUCUACGUGGGCCAGAUGUGCGAUGACUGGAUUAGCAUCAUCCAGAAUCAACCUGAUGAAGUCCCGCCAUACACCGCCACGGGUUCGUCCCGAAGUAUCAUGGCCAAUCGAGUCUCAUACUUUUUCGACUGGCAUGGCCCAUGCAUGAACAUCGACACGGCAUGCUCAUCCAGUCUGGUGGCUGUCCACGAAGCAGUCCAGACCCUGCGGAGUGGUCACUCAACGGUCGCUGUGGCGGCUGGUGCCAACCUGUUAAUUCAUCCCGUUGGAUAUGUCUCCGAGAGUAACCUCCGGAUGCUGUCCUCGUCUGGUCGAUGCCGGAUGUGGGAUGCCUCAGGUGAUGGAUACGGUCGUGGUGAGGGGAUUGCUUGUGUGGUGCUCAAGACCCUGAGCCAGGCCCAGCGAGACAAUGACCACAUCGAGUGCAUCAUCCGCGAGACUGGCGUCAACCAGGAUGGCCGAACUUCCGGGAUCACCAUGCCCAGCAACAUCGCCCAGGCACAGCUGAUUCGCGAUACCUACCGUCGCGCCGGGCUCGAUGUGCACAACCCGCUGGACCAGCCGCAGUUUUUCCACGCCCACGGCACGGGCACCAAGGCAGGAGACCCGCAAGAGGCAACGGCAAUUUACCGCGCAUUCUUCACGGAGGAUACGGAGCCUGAGCAAAGGCUGCUGGUGGGCUCGAUCAAGACACACAUCGGCCAUACGGAGGGCACAGCAGGAGUCGCCAGUGUCAUCGGUACUUCACUAGCCUUGCAGCAUAGGGCGGUUCCUCCCAAUAUGCACUUCAAGAACUUGAAUCCGGAUAUUGUCCCAUUCUACGGCGCCUUGGAGGUCCCUACCUCGCUCAAGGAAUGGCCGGCGCUGAAGCCCGGUCAGGUCCCCCGAGCGAGUGUCAACAGUUUCGGAUUUGGUGGCACCAAUGCCCACGCCAUCAUGGAGGCCUACAUUCCGCCCGAGACACCGCGGCCUGAGCCGUCCCAGUCGUCGACUUUGUACACACCGUUACUCUUCUCAGCAAGCUCGGCCACAUCUCUCCGGGCGAUGAUCGCCAAUCACCUCGACUACUUGGCUGACAAGCCCGCAACUAGCAUCCGUGACCUCGCAUGGACGCUGCAACAUCAUCGCUCAACCUUGCCUUACAGGAAGGCCAUCACCGGAUCAGAUUAUGAGGCUAUUGUCGCUCAAAUGGAGAGUGUGGUAUCUGCCGACAAUGCUGAUUUGAACACUCGGUUCACCCAAGCAUCGGAGCCUCAGAUUCUGGGUGUGUUUACUGGUCAGGGUGCCCAGUGGCCUCGGAUGGGUGCGCGCUUACUGGAGUCGUCCAGCUUUGUGCGCAACCAAAUUGCUUUCUUAGACGAGUGCCUGGCCACCCUGCCUGAAGGUGAUCGACCAGAUUGGACCCUUCGUGACCAGAUCUUGGCCGCAGGCCAAGCCUCCAGGGUCACGGAAGCGGCCAUCUCCCAGCCUCUCUGCACUGCUGUCCAGGUCGUUCUCGUGGAUCUUCUUCAGGCAGCGGGGAUCAAAUUUCGUGCAGUGGUUGGCCAUUCUUCGGGUGAAAUCGGUGCGGCGUAUGCGUCUGGCCUGCUCUCCGCCCGUGAUGCCAUCCGGGUGGCAUACCUCCGUGGUGUCUACGCGAAGCUCGCAGCUUCUCCGAAUGGGGCGAAGGGUAGUAUGGCCGCCAUUGGUGCGUCGGUCGAAGAGGCGGAGGAGCUCUGUGACCGUGAGGAAAUCAAGGGCCGCAUUUCUAUCGCGGCGCUCAACUCGGGAUCGAGCAUCACGCUGUCCGGAGACGAGGAUGCCAUUCAAACGGCGGUGGAUAUUUUCGCCGGUGAAGGCAAGUUUGCCCGUCGCUUGCGGGUGGACACAGCCUACCAUUCGGCCCACAUGCAGCCUUGCGCCGGUCCAUAUCUCCAGGCUAUGGAGCGCUGUGGCAUUGCAGUGCAACCACCUUCAGGUGACCGACCGACUUGGUUUUCCAGUGUUUACCGGGAUACCGUCAUGAACGACAGCAACCUGACCCCUGAGUACUGGGUCCACAACAUGGUGCAGUCUGUUCUCUUCUCGCCGGCCAUUGUAACGGCUGCCCAGGAGACGAAGGAACUCACCAUCGGUAUCGAAGUGGGGCCUCAUCCUGCUCUCAAGGGCCCUGCCUUGGAUUCACUAGGCCAGGUGGACAUGCAGAUCCCUUAUACCGGACUGCUGAGCCGUGGGAAGAAUGACGUGGAGGAGCUUUCGUCCGCUAUGGGAUACCUCUGGACUCAGCUUGGCUCAGGCGUGGUCAACUUCGACGGAUUAGAGCGCGCUUUGAACGAGGAUAAGGACCCUAAAACCCUCCUUGUCGAUCUCCCCAGCUACCCAUUCGACCACCAGAACCGCUACUGGACCGAAAGUCGCACAUGGCGAUCUAGCCGAAUGUCGGACGCAUAUUUCCAUCCCUUGUUAGGAUCAUCUGUCGCUACCACGCGGAGCUCGAAUAACGCGCAGUGGAAGAACCUCCUCAAGCCGGCCGAGAUCCCAUGGCUACAGGGACAUCGACUGCAGGGUCAGCUGAUUCUACCCGCGACCGCGUACAUCGUCAUGGCUUUGGAAGCUAUCAAAGCGGUGGCUGGCGAUGCGGCCAUCGCGCUGUUCCGAAUGACUGAUUUGGUGCUGAAACGCGCCAUUGUGUUCAAUGAUGACAACGCCAGCAUGGAAACUAUAUUCAGCCUGCAAAUCCUGGAAUCCGACGAGUCGCACAUUAUGGCCAAAUUCAGCGUUCACUCCGCGGCUCAGGGAGAUCUGUCCUUGCGGGUCAAUGUGGAAGGCUCUAUUGAAGUGGAACUGGGCCAAUCCUUCCCGAACAAACUGCCAUUACAUGAACAUGACAAGUACUACAAUAUAAAUGAGCAAGACCCGGAGAUGUUCUAUGCUGAACUCCAAAAGGUCGGCUAUCAGUACUCGCCACCCUUCCAGGGAAUCACCAGCAUCCACCGCCGCCUGAACUUUGCUCACGGCACUCUGGACGAUCAGUCCGGUGAGAACUGGGAGGAUCAGCUGAUCGUGCAUCCGGGCAUGCUAGACACGGCUUUGCAGACGAUCUUCGCGGCGUACUCGGCCCCUCAGGACGGAAGGCUCUGGUCCACUCAUGUGCCAACUCGAAUCGCAUCGAUCGAAUUCAACCCCCAUUUUGUCUUUAACCAAGCUGCCAAGCAGAAAGUCAUUCCAUGGGAGAGUAACAUCGUCGAUCAGGUCUCCAGCGCAAUCGAGGGCUCUUUCAAUCUUCUCACUGAAGACCGGAAGCAUAGCUUCCUGCAGGCCGAGGGCGUUGCAGUGUCACCAUUCAGUCCUGCACAGGCUCAGGAUGAUCGCCAUCUGCUGACGCAUUUCAGAUGGCUUUCGGCCCACCCGAAUGCUGCUGAGCUAGAGGCUGGCAAGGAGUCUGGCGUUUUGAAUGCGUCGGUGACCGAAGAUGUGGAGCGAAUUGCUCUGUACUAUCUGCACAACUUGUGCAAAACGAGUACCGAGGAUGACCGAAAGAAUGCGCUGCCGCAUCAUCAGCAGCUACUCAGGUGGGCAGAUUCCGUUAUUAACCAAGUAUCAGCAGGCAAACAUCCAUUCGUAGCCAAGGCAUGGCUGUCCGACACUGAGCAGCAGAUCCAGGAACUGAUCAACCGCCACCACGAUUCCGUGGAAGCAAAACUGGUGGCCGAAAUUGGCUUGAGUCUGCCGCUUGUCAUCCAAGAGCAGGGUGUCCUCGCGCACUACAUCGCCGUGGACGAGGAAGCGCCUACCAUCAAACUGUCAAACGAGCGUCUAGCCAAUUUGGUCAAGCAGAUCACCCACCGUUACCCGCGCAUGCAUAUUCUGGAAAUUGGAUCUGGAACCGGGACUGCGGCCGAGACCAUUGUUUCCUCACUGGGAGAUGCCUUCUCUUCUUAUACAUUCACCGAUGUCUCGGAUGACCUCUUCAGUGAAGCUGAGUUUCGCUUCCACCAGUUCGAAGAUCGUAUGGUCUUCAAGACCUUGGACAUCCAGCAGGAGCCGACUGCUCAGGGCUUUACCGCUGGCAAAUACGACCUGGUCCUAGUAGCCAAUAGGUUGCAGACGGCCAAGGACCAGGAGCAGGUUCUGUCCAAUGUUCGCCAACUAUUGAAGCCCGGUGGAUAUCUCAUCAGCGCCAACCCAACGACUAAUGACUCGUUGCGCCUCGGUCUCAUCAUGAGCGAUCGUCCUGAAUGGUGGGCCGGUGCCGCCUCGGGCCGGUUGACCAUGGAUAGCUGGAGUAGGCUCCUGCGCCAAUGUCAGUUUGCUGGCAUUGAGACUUGCACACCUGUCCACGACGUCCUCCAUGGCAUUCCUAUCUGGGCUGCCCAAGCGGUGGAUGAACGCGUGCGACUGUUGCGAAACCCUCUGGACGCAUCAGAGGAGUUUCCGGAGGACGUGCCUCCCUUGGUCGUUAUCGGUGGAAGAACCUUGGCCACCAUGCAGCUGGUGGAGCAGAUUGCUUCUCUGCUGUCGACCAAGUUCCCGGAUGUCACUUGCGUCUCUUCGCUAGAGGCCUUGAAUACCACCCCCAUCUCACCCGAAGCUACUGUGCUGAGUCUCGCAGACCUGGAUGGGCCAGUGAUGAGAUCAUGGUCUGCCGACAAGCUAGAGGCCAUGAAAUCCCUCUGGGACCAAGCGGCGAAGGUCCUGUGGGUUACCAAGGGGGCUCGGUUCAAUGAGCCGUAUUCCAGCAUGAUGGCGGGUAUCGCGCGAGUCAUCAGAAUGGAAAAGGACAUCAAUGUGCAGCUGUUAGAUGUUGGCUCCGUUGAUCAGAGCACUGCGUACUCGGUGUGCGAAACGUUGCUGAGACACCAUGUGCUUCUCAGCUGGUCGUCAGAUAACUCGACCGAGAACCUUUUGUGGAGCAUUGAGAAUGAACUGGCUGUGGAUGGCCAGCAGACGCUCAUCCCGCGGCUGUAUUUCAGUGAGCUGGAAAAUCUGCGGAUGAACUCUGCUCGCCGUGCCAUUGUGCAUGAGGUGGAUCCAGCCACUGCUACUUUGCGGCUGGCCAGUGCAGGUGACUCCUACCAGCUGGAAGAGGUUUCCCCCUUGCGAGUUGCCCCUUCACUGCCCACCAUCCGCGUGCGCCAAUCCUUGCUACAAUUCCUCAAGCUCGGCUCGAAUGGCUCUUUCAUGCUCUGCAUUGGCACACGGCAGGAUGAUUCUCAAGCCACGGUUCUGGCCGUGACACAGACAACCGAAUCUCCGGUCCCCGUGGAGCCUACUUGGGCUAUCGAGAUCCCCUCCUCGCUCGAGUUUGGCCGUUUGGCGCUGAUUACCGUGGCCGCCCGCAUCGUUACCCAGCAGAUCUUGGCCAUGGUGCCUAAGAAUGGCGCCCUAGUGGUCCAUGAGCCAGACAACGUACUCCGAAUCGCCAUUGCGGAUGCAGCAGAGAAGAGCCGGGUGAAUGUGUGGUUUACCACCUGCCAACCUGGUCGUGACUCCAACUGGACGUACCUGCACCCUGCGCUUCCCGCCCGCCUGGUUAAGGAAAAGGUUCCGAGUGAGGUCUCUGUUUUCAUCAACCUCGAGGCUUCCAAUGGACCGGGUGCCCGUGUGGCCGAGGCCAUUGCAGGCUGUGUACCUGCGUACGGCGAGCAGGCCUCGGCAGCCACCUUUUUCACCAACCAGUUGUAUGCCCGCUCGGAAGCUGACCCGGCUGUCCUCGGCGAUCUUCUUCAGGAUGCGUGGCAGUUUGCCUCCUCGGCCAGCUUGGCCUUCGACCUGACCGAGUCUAUUCCACUAGGGGAGGUCUCGUUCCACAACCCGGUCGGGGAAGCCAUCCAGUUGGUUGACUGGAACACCCCGACAGUGCCAGUUCAUCUUAGACCAGUGGACGAUGGCCCGAUCUUCCGCCGUGAUCGGACAUAUCUGAUGAUCGGUCUCGCGGGAGAGCUUGGCCAGUCUCUCUGCCACUGGAUGGCCCAGAGGGGGGCUGGUUUUAUCGUCCUAGCGAGUCGUAACCCCAAGGUCGAUCCCGCAUUCUUGCGCACUGCUGAAGACCUAGGCGCCACUGUUCGGCCCCUUUCACUGGAUAUCACCAGUCGGGAAUCUCUUCAACGCUUCCUCCGGGAGGUCAAGCGCAGCAUGCCUCCCAUUGCCGGUGUGGCUAACGGCGCCAUGAUCAUGGAGGACGUGCAAUUCGAGAACCUGGAGUUUGAAAGCAUGGAACGGUCAAUGAAACCGAAGGUGCUUGGAAGCAAGCUGCUCGAUCAGGCCUUCUAUGACACUCCUCUGGACUUCUUCAUCAUGUUCUCCUCCAUCUCGGCGGUCUUUGGUAAUACGGGACAGACCAGCUAUGCCGCAGCUAACAUGUACAUGGUUGGCCUGGCCUUCAAUAGGCGCAAGCGUGGAGUUGCUGGCUCCGUGGUCGCCUACAGUGCCCUGAUGGGCUUGGGAUACAUCAAUCGCUCCGAUGACGUCACGGGUGAAUAUUUCAAUUCGAUGGGCGUGACUCUCAUGUCCGAGACGGAUUUCCAAUAUGCUUUUGCGGAGGCCAUCAAGGAGGGUCGCGCAAACUGCCACGACCGCGCAGAGAUUGUGACUGGCAUCGGUCCGGCGGUUUUGAGCGAUCUCAUUCGUGACCGUUACCGAGAUGAUCCUCGUUUCUCCCACGUCAAUCUUGAGCGCCGCGGCGGACAAGCAGACUCGGGUUCAGGAGCCAACUCAUCGGUCAGGAGCCAGCUGCAAGGAGCCCGGUCGGUAGAGGAGGUCGAGCAGAUUAUCCUUGAUGCCUUCAUUGCGCGAUUGAAAACCCUGCUUCAAAUGUCCGCUGGCCAGCCCCUGGAUGCCAAUAGCACGCUGGUUGAGCAAGGCAUUGAUUCCUUGGUUGCAAUUGACAUUCGUGGAUGGUUUGGUCGCGAGCUGGAGCUUGAUAUGCCAGUCAUCAAGAUCCUGGGGGGCUCUUCCAUCGCCGAUCUGAUCAAGAACAGUCUUGGAGACAUCCCCGAGACCGUCGUCGAUUUGAAUAACCUGUCUGGCGAUGGCCCGUCUGAGCCUGCCAAGCCAGCAGCGCCUGCCGUCUCCGCCUCUGUUCCGGAGAAGAAGCCACCUGCUACACCCGCCAAAAAGCGCAUUCCCGAGCCGGCUAGCCCUCUCUCGGACAGCAAGAGCUCAGUCUCUUCCGGCUCAGACAGUGAGAGUGUCAGAACGCCAUCAAUUGAUGGGCAUAGCGACACCGAGCCGGAAGACGUGGGUCCAUCUGAGCCCUUGAUCGAUAUGAAUCUGCGUCAAUCCAUCAUCGAAUCGGCCACCGAGAAGAUUGUCCCCAUGUCUUUUGGCCAAGCCCGAUUCUGGUUCAUGCAACACGCCUUGCAGGACCCUUCCGCCUUCAACAUGGGUCUUUGCUGGCGCCUUGAUGGUUCGCUAGACAUUUCCAGAUUCAGGAAGGUGGUUUCCACGGUCGCAGACCGACAUGAAGGAAUGCGCACCCGCUUUUUCUGGGGAGGUGAGAACCAGGAUGUUCCGAUGCAAGGAAUCCUAUCGCGGUCGAUCAUUCAGCUUGAAGCCAAGCAGAUCACCAACAAAGACGAGGUCUAUCGGGACUUGGAAGCUAUUCGACACUAUGUCUAUGACCUCGGCGACUGGCAGCUUGUGAGAAUCCGCAUUCUGUCAUUGUCCGCUACAGAGCACUACAUGAUCAUUGGCAACCACCAUAUCACGAUCGAUGGCUUUAGUGUCUCGUUGUUCGUCGACGAGGUCAACAAACUCUAUCUGGGACAGAGCCUACCUCCGGUUCCCAAGGAGUCGCAGUACUCUUUCUUUGCAGAGAAACAGCGCCAGGAUUACAGCCGGGGACGCUUCCAGAAGGACAUCGACUAUUACAAGAACAUCGUUCCGGAAAAUAAUCCGCCGCUCGAGUUGUUCCCCUUCGCCAAAGUCCAAGCGAGACCGGAACAGACCCAGUACCGCACCUAUCGAUCCGAAGUACGCCUCUCUCAGAAGCAAGUUUCUCUGCUGAAGAAUGUCUCGAAAAAGAGCAAAUCGACCACCUCUAACCUCUAUACUGCCCUCCUGGGUGUGCUUCUGUUCCGCCUGUUGCCUAACACCAAGCAACUGAUGAUUGGAAUUGUCGAUGCCAACCGCAGUGACCUGGCUUUGACGAGGACCGUGGGCUGCGUGCUGAAUACGUUACCCAUCCGAUUGGACAGGCCAGACAGCAAUACCAAGCUUGAAUCAUUAACCCAGACGGUGCAGAAAGCAGUCUAUGGCGCUCUUGAGCACUCAUCCGUGCCAUUUGAUGUCCUGGUCAACGAGCUGAAAGUGGAUCGCUCGGCAAAUGCACCACCUGUGUUUCAGGUGCUGAUGGACUAUCGGAUUGGCAGUCGGGAGCGGGACGUAUUCUGCAAGACUAACACUGUCCGCGAGAUGUUCCACAAUGCUGGCACUGCAUUUGACCUCCACUUGGACAUUGUCGAGAAUCUCGAGGGGGAUGCUUUGGUUACCUUGGAGGUGCAGCAGAGUCUAUACAGCCAAGAGCACGCGGACCUUCUCGCCAAUACCUAUGUGAACCUAACCAAGCAGCUCACUGCGGCCCCAGAAACCCCGCUCGAGUCUGCUGAGCUGUGGUCAUCCGAAGACAUCUCGACUGCUCUACGACUCGCUACAGGCCCUGCGGCACCUAUGCAAUGGCCUCAGACUGUUGCUCACCGAAUCGAUCAAAUGGUCCAGCAAAAUGGACAGAAGCCUGCCCUCAAGGAUGGCAGUGGCAGGAGCUUAACCUACAAGGAGAUGGGCCGACGCAUUGACUCGAUCGCCGAGAUUUUGCGCAAGGCAGACACUCCCAAGGGCGCCGUGAUUGGUGUGAUGCAAGAGCCUGGUGUUGACUGGAUCUGCUCGAUGCUGGCCAUUUUCCGUGUUGGUGCGGUCUACGUGCCAUUGGAUCUACGCAAUUCAAUCCACCGGACGAAGAGUGCGAUUCAAACCACCAAACCCGUGGCGUUGCUCGUCGAUCAAGCCACACUCAGCACCGCCGAGUCUCUUGGUGAUGCCAAGCCUACGGUGAUAAAUGUCUCUUCGGUGGCCACGGACGCCGAUGCCAAGCGCACGCCGAACCUGGCUGUGGGCGACUCCCCCGCGGUCAUCCUGUUCACGAGUGGUUCCACUGCUGAGCCCAAGGGCAUUCUUAUCAAUCAUGCGCACAUGAUCUCCCAGCUUGAGGCCUGUUCAAUGCAAUACAACUUCUCCGAUGAGAGGCCUCUGGUGGCUCUUCAGCAGUCGGCCUAUUCCUUUGAUUUGUCGCUUAUCCAGACCUUUGACGCUCUGUGCAACGGAGGAAGCCUCAUCGUUUUACCCGCCGACAAGCGCGGUGAUCCCACUGAGAUCGCUAAAACCAUUCAAAAGGAAAAGAUCAGUUAUACCAUGGCGACCCCAUCCGAGUACCAGAUGUGGCUCAGUUUUGCGGCAGAGCAACUUCAGCAGUGCCCCGACUGGACCCUUGUUGCUAUGGCAGGUGAAGGAAUCCCAUCCCGUCUCGUGCAAAGCUUCCGCGCUCUGGACAUGCCGUCUCUCCAGAUUCUCAAUUGCUACGGUCCCGCUGAGACAUCUAUCGGAUCUACCUGGCAGGGUUUGAUUGACUAUCGCAACCCAGACCUUGAGUUCCCUCUGUCCGCAGGAUAUCCUUCGCCCAACGAGGCGAUGUAUAUCGUCGAUACCGAGCUGCGGCCUGUUCCCGUUGGUGUUCCUGGCGAGGUCCUAAUUGGAGGUGCCGGUGUGGCCGCUGGCUAUCUCAACAUGGAUACGGCGACCAAGGAAAAGUUCAUCCCAUCCCCUUUUGCCCAUCUCGAUAGCAACUUCACUAAGAACAACUGGACCACCGUUUACCGCACAGGCGACUGCGGCUACCUGCGGAAGGACGGUACCCUUGUUCUGGUCGGGCGCAUGAAUGGAGACACCCAGGUCAAGAUUCGCGGCUUCCGAGUUGAAUUGGGAGAGGUUGAAAACGCCUUGGUUGAGACUGCCGGCGGUCGACUGACCAACGCUGUGGUCACCUUGAGAGAACAAGACGACGUCCAGUUGCUGGUUGCACAUGUCGUUUUCUCUGCUUCGAACCCUCCCGCUAACCCCCAGGAAUUCUUGGACAAUCUCCGAAUGCGUCUACCCGUGCCGGACUAUAUGGUUCCCUCCGCCAUUGUGGCCCUUGAGAAAUUGCCCUUGAACGCGCACUCCAAGGUGGACCGUGGUGCUAUCCGUCAGCUGCCUAUCGAAGUCUCGACCGAGCCCAACGCAGCGCCUUCGACUGACCGAGAUAUGACCCCGAUGGAAGCCAGUCUCGCAGAGGUUUGGCAACGGGUUCUUCCUGCCUCGGGCUCGCUCGCCCUCACACCGAACUCCAACUUCUUCCAAGUCGGCGGUACCUCUUUGCUGGUUGUGAAACUGCAGAGGGCGAUCAAGGAGCAAUACCAGGUCUCAGUCCGAGUGAACGAGCUCGUGGCCGCCAAGAAACUUGCGGAUAUCGCCCUUAUAAUCGAGGACAGAGAGGCCCCUGCGCAGAUCGAUUGGGAAGCGGAGACCGCAAUUCCUGAAGCUUGGGCCGACGAGUUUAGCGUUCCCCAACAGACACCACGCUCCGAGCAGGAUGGUCUCCGGAUUCUGGUGACGGGCGCCACCGGGUUCAUUGGCCGACACACUCUUCCUAGUCUGAUCGAGUCCCCCAAGGUAUCCCAGGUAUUCUGUCUUGUCCGUACUGGAUCGGACACCGAUGCCCUCAAAUCCUCGGACAAGGUCACCCUUCUCACCGGUGAUCUCGCCGCACCUAAUCUCGGCCUAGACGUCAUCGAGUUCAACCGGAUGUCUGCCGAGGCGGAUCUCAUCCUGCACUUCGGUGCCAAUCGCUCCUUCUGGGAUGACUAUGGUGCUCUGCGCAGUGCCAACAUCAAUGCGGUCAAGGAUCUCGCUCGCCUUGCUCUUCCUCGUCGCAUCCCAUUCCACAUGAUGUCAUCCGGCGCCGCUGGAAUCUUCAACGACUCUGCAAUCCGGGCCGUCUAUGAAACCGACGCAACUCUCCCGGCGAGUGGCACCCCACCGCAGGAUGGCAGCGAUGGCUAUGUGGCCUCAAAAUGGGCGGCCGAGCGCUUCUUGACCAAGGUGUCCGAGCAGCUGCAACUGCCGGUGACCUUGCACCGAUUUUCCCCGGUCCCUGGAAUGGAACCUACCACCGAAAACGUGGCGCCCGACUCCGACGAGGUGAUCAACGAGAUGGUGGCCAUCACCAAUCGACUGCAACUCCGCCCCGCCCUUCACCUCGUGAACGGCUGGCUUGAUCUCGUCCCCUCCGACUCGAUUGCUCGCGAUAUCACCGCGGCUGUCCUGGACCGAGCGGACGAUGCUACCCUCACCACCCUGUCCCAUGCAGGAGCCAUGCGCAGUACCUGGUUCCGCUUCAGGCAGGUUAUUGAAGGAGACGAGGAACUGAUGAAAUUGCCGGAAAUUUCGGCUUUGCUGUGGAUUGGUCAGGCCAAGAAGGCUGGCAUGAGCUAUGUGAUGGCGUCUCAUCAUCUGCUGAUCCAGACUGAGACUGGCGAUUUGUUCACCAGACGGUGA